AUGAUGGUAUACGAAACGUCUUUGGUGCGUCACGGGCUGAUGAUACUGGGACCUACCGGAUCUGGUAAGACCACUGCCAUUCACUGUCUUCUAUCGGCUUUAACUAAAACUGGAUUGACGCACUUCGAGUAUCGAAUGAAUCCCAAAGCCAUUACUGCAUCUCAGAUGUUUGGGAGAUUGGACGUGGCCACGAACGAUUGGACUGAUGGUAUAUUUUCUACACUCUGGAGGAGAACGUUAAAGCUGAGUCCAGACGAAUACUGUUGGAUAGUAUUGGAUGGUCCUGUGGAUGCAGUUUGGAUAGAGAAUUUAAACUCCGUCUUAGACGACAACAAAACGCUUACCUUGGCGAACGGUGAUCGAAUUGUCAUGGCCGCGAACGCCAAACUUUGUUUUGAACCAGACAACGUGGACAAUGCUUCCCCAGCAACCAUUUCUAGGAUGGGAAUGACUUUUUUCUCGUCCACCGUAUUAUCAUGGAGAGUGAUAUUUGGAGGAUGGGGAAAAACUAAAUCUGCACAUAUAUCCGAUAGCUUUCAAGAAAUAUUUGAUAAUUCUUACAACGAAUUAUUAAAAAUGCUUCAAUCUAGGCUUUCACCCAAGAUGAAUUUAUUGGAACCACAUUACAUUCAUCAAACAUGUGAUAUACUCGACGGACUCUUAAGCAUGUUCCCUGAAGAGCCAGAUAUAAAAAUAUUAUCACGUUUAUACACGUUUGCGAUCAUGUGGAGUAUUGCUGCUGUGUUAGAGUCAGAUAACAGACGUUUAUUAGAAGAGUUCAUCUUACAAGACCUGGCAGGGAAAAUUAAAAUACCAAAACUUAAAGAAGGAGAAUCGAUUUACGACUACACCAUUUCAGAAGACGGCGAAUGGAAACACUGGGAAACGUUGAUAGAGUCGUACACGUACCCCAGUGAUUAUAUACCAGUGUACGGUGAUAUACUGGUUCCGAAUUUGGACAACGUGCGUACUAUGUUUCUGAUAACUUUAAUCGCUAAUCAAGAGAAAAACAUUUUGUUAAUCGGUGAACAAGGUACUGCUAAGACGGUAAUGAUCAAGAGUUACAUGCAAGAAUUUGAUCCCGAGGUGAGAAUGAGCAAAAUGCUCAACUUUUCUUCGGCUACCACUCCGAACAUGUUUCAAAGUACCGUCGAAGGAUAUAUGGAGAAAAGAUUUGGUACCACUUACGGUCCACCGGGUAAUCGAAAAAUGACAAUAUUUAUUGAUGAUAUAAACAUGCCGAUCAUUAACGACUGGGGAGAUCAAGUAAUUAUAAAAUAUUAUUUGAAUUAUGAUUUAUGGUAAAUUAUAUAACAAAAAAAUAAAUAAAUAAAUAAAAAUUAGAGGUACCUAUAUAAUAUAUCAUUACGAUUUUAAACUUAACUUGGAUUCUGAUCUUGUAUUGCGACAAUAUUUCUAUAAAACCUUUAUUAUAUUUAUUGAUAAUAUUUAAAUCUUACUUUGUUACCUCACAUAAAAAAUAAAGUUACUAUCUCCACU